UCUGUCAACAAACAUGGCGGAGGCAAAUAGCAUGGUGCUUAAUGUAAUCUAUUUAUCCGGUUUCCUAGACUUGUUUGGUGUGAGCCUUUUCCUGCCGUUACUCUCCAGCUAUGCAAUGGACCUGGGGGCCUCUUCCACUGUUAUAGGGAUGUUGGGUUCCUUAUAUGGCACUCUGCAGUUUGUUGCUGGUCCCAUUGUUGGCAAGUGGAGUGAUGUUUCAGGUCACAGACAUGCACUGAUUCUGUGCCUCAUUCUCUCAGCUUUUGGCUACUUGUUAUUAGGGUUUUCUUACUCACUGGUGAUAAUGUUUCUGGCAAGAAUUCCAUCAGGUAUUUUCAAGCACAGCCAGAAUAUUUCAAAAGCCUACAUAACAGAUAUUACACCAAAAGAUCACCACUCAGCAGUAUUUGGCAGAUUUAAUGCAGUGUCAUCAUUUGGUUUUAUUCUGGGUCCCCCUGUAGGAGGUCACAUAGCAGAACUUCCCGGAGGGUUUCAGUUAGCAGUAACAGUGACUGGAGGAAUCUUUAUUUUGAAUGCAGGUAUGCUGUGGUAUUUUGUUCCCGAGAUGAAACCAGGAGAUUUGACAACCGAAACCAUAAGACAGAAGAACAGAGUGCCAGCAGCACUGAAUGCAAACAACAAAGAAAUGAAAGUUAGAAACAGUUGGACCCAUAGUCUUGCCCAGUUCCUUAAGUCAUUUCAGAACAUUGACUGGAGGAAUCUUUGUGACAUUUUUCUGAUAAAGCUAAUUUUGGGAAUUGGUGCUCUGCUUUACAGGAAUCAGUACACCCUCUUUUUGAAAACCAGAUUCAAUGCUUCUCCCAGCACUAUUGGGUACAUGAUAUCCUACAGUGCAAUAGCUAGUGCCUGUGCUGGGUUUAUGAUGGGACAUAUAGUAAAAUGGUAUAACAAUGACACAAAACUGUUACACCAUGCAACUGCAAUGAUGUUUAUAUCAUUAAUAAUGACUGCUAUUGUGCCUAAUGUGUUCUGGAUGGUAGUUAUAGGGACUCCUUUGGCUCUUAGCACAUCUAUCUGUCGUGUCAUUAUAACUAACCUCAUUAUAGAGAAAGGACAUGAGCAUGACUCAGCUGCUUUACUAGGUAUAGGUCAGAGUAUAAUGUCCAUUGGGAGGAUAGUAGCCCCUGUUUUAGCCGGGUUUUCUUCUGAAUUCUCUGUUGUGGCGCCAAAUUUAAUAUCAGCUUCUUGCAGCUUUAUAGCCUUUCUAAUGCUGGUAAUUUUACAACGGUUAACACCAAAAGAAAGUAGAAAAAUUGAUUAAUUAAAGAAUAGCAGAUACAUUAAGAACCAAAGGUUAUUAAUUUAAACAUGAAGUCAUACAGCCCCUCAGUUUUAAAAUUUUACAAGCACAGCAUUAGUCUGUGUUUUAGUUUGUUUGAGGUCAGAGAUUUGGUUUCAAAAAUACCUGUAGAUUGAUAUUGGUCUAAGAUGAACCCUGUUGAUUUUCAUUAGGGUAAAUUUUAUUGCUAUAUAUGUAAAAAUUCUACCAAUCCUCUUGGGAAUCACACAUGCUUAUCAUUUUAUUUCUUUGGAAGUUUAGUUAAUAUUGGUUAGAACUAUUGCAUUAUACUUGUGAGCAACUUUAUUUCAUUUUGAACCAAAAUAAAAUGCAUAACAAAUGUAUGUGCUAUAGUAAAUACCACCGUUUUAUAACUAUGGAACUUAAAAUGUAAUACUGUAUGAAAUUACCUGUAUUAAUAAUUGCAUGAUUGAUUUUUAUCUGGCGUUUUACCACUGCUUUGGCUUACUUUGUUUAUGGUGAUGGGAAUCCUUGCAAAGUAUGUAUGAGUGAGCGCGGGCAGUACACAUGGUUUUAGUCCCAACCUGCUGGUGACAGGCUACACUGCCACAUCACCGUAACCACUCUCAUAGACUACAAGGGCCUGUACGUGUGUCCCCAUGUUUUGGAAUUAGGCAUACAAUAUCAACUUGAUCAACCUAGAUUUUGAAUUCUGUGGAAGCAUUUGCCUUGGUGUGACGCUCUUUGCAAUGCAACUUUGUGAGAAUUAUUGAAAAUUAAAUGCGAAAUAUCUCCCAAACCCGGGGAAUUAUGGGAAGUUUCUAUAGAGG